AUGGCCCUGCGGCUCCUGCUCCAUCUCACCAUCCUCGGGCUCGGAACCGCACUGUGGCUCCAGCGUGUCAGCGGUUGGCAGGUAGAAAGCACUGGUCAUCCUUCUUCAACCUCAACUCAACCCCAGGAGGUUCAGGAAACCAUCCAGAUUCCGAACGGAAGCGCGCCCCUGCUCGUGGACGUGCAGGUGUUUGUGUCAAACGUGUUUAACGUGCUAAGUGACAUCCUGCGGUACACAGUGUCCUCCACGAUGCUGCUUCGACUGUCCUGGCUGGACACUCCUGGCCACCGGCAGGGCAGAGUCACGCUGCCCUGGGACUCUCUCUGGACACCAGGACUCACUAUCCGGGAGGUGCUCUGGGUGAACUGGCAGGGCCAGAGCCCACAAGCCCGAGUGGACCGGGAUGGCCACAUCGAGCUCUACCUGGUCCUCACCACAGAGACCAACUGUGACUUUGAGCUUUUCCACUUCCCCAGGGACCAGCGCCACUGCAGCCUCAGCUUCUUCGCUUUUGGCAACACUGUGAUGGAGCUGGAGUUCCAGGCCCAUGUGGUGAAUGAGAUGGUGAGUGUCAAGAGAGAAUACGUAGUUCAGGAUUUGAAAACCCAAGUCCCAUCCCAGCAGCUGGUGCCCUGCUUCCAGGUGACGUUGUGCCUGCAGAACACAGCGCUAAAGGCCAUCAUAGCGCUCUCGGUACCCGGGGAGGCACUGCUGUUGGCUGACCUGUGCGGGGCGCUGCUGCCCCUCCGGACGGCGCGCGUUGCCUACAAGGUGACCCUGCUGCUGGGCUACCUCGUCUUCCACUCCUCCCUGGUUCAGGCCCUGCCCAGCUUCUCCUCCUGCAACCCGCUGCUCAUUCACUACGUCACUGCCCUGCUGCUGCUGCUCUUCAUCAGCACCACGGAGACCGGGCUAUUGUCCGGGCUGCUGGCCCACAGCAACCUCAGGGCUGAGAGCAGCCCCAGCCCGGUCCUGAGCAGGGAGCGGCACGACUGUGGGAACCCAGGGCCCAAUCCUGAAGAAGCCUCCAGAGGAGUAAAGGGGUCCAGGAGGAGCUGGGCUGCUGCUGACCACAUCUUCUUCCUGGUGUACGUGGCAGGGGCGCUGUGUAGCCAGUUCAUCUGCGCUGUGCUCCGGAUGUGGGCGACAUGCAAGUUGGACCCAGCCCCUGGUGAGGCUGCACGCCACGGCGGGUGGCCCAGGCUGUAA